AUGUCCGCCGCCAGGUGUUUGCUGCGCUCCGCCGCCUCUCGCGCUGUCGGUGCGGCCAAUCUAGCAGCUGGAGCUAGACCGAGACCGGCACGAUCUCCGUUUCCUCUCCCAAAGCAAACCUCUAUCUCCAAUCGCGUUUUCAGGUUACCCGUCGAAGCGAGUUUCUGCGUGGAAUCGAUGCUUCCUUAUCACAGUGCUACUGCUUCCGCACUACUGAAUUCGAUGCUCUCUGUGUCUCGCCACUCUUACGGUUGGACCCCUGAAGAUUGCAAUGAUGAUGGUCGUGAUCAUUUGCACUUGGGCUUUUAG